CCGUUGCCUGGUUACGCUCCCUGGCACACACCGGAAGUAGCGUGAUGGGGUGAAACGUCGCUUCCGGGUGCGCUGUUGCAUCAGACUGGACGCAACCCUGACGGGAGGAGUAGAGAGGAUGGCUGGUGCUGGCGGGGAACACACUUUCAACUACAGUUUUAUUCUCAGCAUUAGUGAAGAGGAAGCCAGGGUGAAGGCUUUGCACGAGUACCUCAGCACUCGUAGUUAUAUCCAGGGGUUCACUUUUUCACAUGCAGAUGUGGAAGUAUUCCGAAAAAUUUCAGGCCCACCAGUGGACCAGUAUUUCCAUGUUGUCCGGUGGUACAGGCACAUAGAAGCAAUCUAUGAUGGCAGCAACGACAAUAUUGAGUCUUGUAAACUACAAACAAGUAAAGGCAGGCGUGUGCAGCCUCCCUGGUAUGCCCCUGAAGGAACAAAGCAUUCAAAGCUCUGCCUCUACAACAGCCUUACUCGCAAUAAGGAUAUCUUUCAGCCCCAAGAUGGCAAAAAGGUUACGUGGUAUUGCUGUGGCCCAACAGUGUAUGAUGCCUCUCACAUGGGACAUGCUAGGUCAUAUAUCUCAUUUGAUAUCCUGAGAAGAGUGCUGAGGGAUUAUUUUAAAUAUGAUGUCUUCUACUGUAUGAAUAUUACAGAUAUUGAUGAUAAAAUCAUCAAGAGAGCAAGACAAAACUAUCUUUUUGAACAAUAUAUAGAGAAAAAGCCAUCUGUAGCUCAGCUGCUUGAAGAUGUUAAAACUGCCUCAGAGCCUUUUUCAGUCAAAUUAAAUGAGACAACUGACCCAGAUAAAAGGCAAAUGCUAGAAAGAAUUCAGAAUACAGUGAAGUCUGCUGUGGAGCCUCUAGAAAAAGCUGUGAGUGAGAGAGUCCUUGGAGAAGAGAUCAGCAAACAUGCCAAGACAUUGGUGGAAGAAGCAAAAGAUUUGUUGUCUGACUGGCUGGAUAUCAAGUUUGGUAGUCAGGUGACUGACAAUUCUAUAUUCUCCAAGCUCCCCAAAUUCUGGGAAGCAGAGUAUCAUAAAGACAUGGAAGCCCUCAAUGUGUUGCCUCCUGAUGUCUUAACUCGGGUUAGUGAAUAUGUACCAGAAAUUGUGGAAUUUGUUAAGAGGAUUAUGGAAAAUGGUUAUGGCUACGUGUCAAAUGGAUCUGUCUACUUUGAUACAGUGAAGUUUGAUGCCUCUGGAAAACACUCCUAUGCUAAGUUGGUUCCUGAAGCUGUAGGGGAUCAAAAAGCUCUUCAGGAGGGUGAAGGUGACUUGAGCAUCUCUGCUGAUCGUUUGAGUGAGAAACGUUCCCCAAAUGAUUUUGCUUUGUGGAAAUCUUCCAAGCCAGGAGAGCCCUCAUGGGACUCUCCUUGGGGAAAGGGUCGUCCAGGAUGGCAUAUAGAAUGCUCUGCAAUGGCUGGGUCUAUUCUGGGAGAGUCAAUGGACAUUCACGGAGGGGGGUUUGAUCUUCGAUUUCCCCACCAUGACAAUGAAUUGGCACAGUCUGAGGCAUAUUUUGAAAAUGAUCACUGGGUCCGUUAUUUUUUGCAUACUGGUCACUUAACAAUUGCUGGCUGUAAAAUGUCCAAAUCUUUAAAGAACUUCAUUACCAUCAAAGAUGCACUAAAGAAACAUACAGCAAGGCAAUUACGAUUGGCUUUCCUGAUGCACUCUUGGAAGGACACACUGGAUUAUUCAAACAACACCAUGGAAUCAGCUAUUCAGUAUGAGAAAUUCAUGAAUGAGUUCUUUUUAAAUGUGAAGGACAUUCUUCGGUCCCCUACUGAAGUUACAGGCCAGUUUCAGAAAUGGGAAAGCCAGGAAAUAGAGCUGAAUAAAAGCUUUUAUGACAAGAAGGCAGCAGUUCAUGAAGCACUGUGUGACAACAUUGACACCCGCACUGUCUUGGAAGAAAUGCGAUCUUUAAUCAGUCAGAGCAACUCCUACAUUGCUGCAAAGAAGUCUGCCAGACUGAUGCCAAAUAGACUUUUGCUGGAAAGCGUCAGUUCUUAUCUCACUCAAAUGCUAAAGAUUUUUGGUGCCAUAGAAAGUGAUGAAAUUGUCGGUUUCCCUGUUGGAAGAAAUGGCCAGAAUGUAAAUCUUGAGUCUACAGUCAUGCCGUACCUACAAGUUUUGUCCGAGUUCAGAGAAGGCGUGAGACAAAUUGCCAGAGAGAAGAAAGUUGCUGAAGUCCUGCAGUUGAGCGAUGCUCUUCGAGAUAACAUCCUUCCUGAGCUUGGAGUUCGAUUUGAAGAUCAUGAAGGACUCCCAACUGUGGUCAAAUUGGUAGACAGAGACACUUUACUAAAAGAAAGAGAAGAAAAGAAAAAGAUUGAAGAGGAGAGAAAAAGAAAGAAAGAAGAAGCAGCUAGGAAAAAACAGGAACAAGAGGCCGCAAAACUGGCAAAGAUGAAGAUUCCACCAAAUGAGAUGUUUAAAUUGGAGCAGGACAAAUAUUCCAAAUUUGAUGAAAAUGGAUUUCCUACACAUGACACUGAAGGCAAAGAGCUCAGCAAAGGACAAAUGAAGAAACUGAGAAAACUUUAUGAAGCACAAGAAAAACUAUAUGAAGAGUAUCUACAAAUGGUUCAGAAUGGAAGUGCACAAUGAGAAGAAAACCUGGACAUUCUCUUUUUAGAUAAAGGCGAGUGUUGGGUCACCGGUGGGACAGGAAUGAGCAUAAUCAGUGCUCAGAUUGUGUUUACACUUUCUACUGUGUGCAAGCUAAAAAAAAUCCUAGUUGAAAUGGAUUAAUAUAUCAUCUGGUUUAGGGAGUCAAUAAAAAUUAUUGUUAUAAAAAAUAA